UCCGCGGGAAGGGGCGGGACUGAGAGGCGCGCGCUGCGCUCGCAGUUCUACUGUGGCUGCUUUUCAGCAUGGAGGAGAUUUAUGCCAAAUUUGUGUCUCAGAAAAUCAGCAAAACCCGCUGGCGACCGGUACCUCCGGGGAGCUUGCAGACCGCGGAAACCUUCGCUACGGGUUCUUGGGACAAUGAGGAGAAUUAUGUUUCAUUGUGGUCGAUUGGAGAUUUUGGGAACUUGGACUCUGACGGUGGGUUUGAAGGAGAUCAUCAGUUACUGUGUGAUAUCAAACACCAUGGUGAUGUCAUGGAUUUACAAUUUUUUGAUCAGGAAAGAAUUGUAGCUGCUUCGUCAACAGGAUGUGUAACAAUUUUCCUUCAUCAUCCAAAUAACCAGACUUUGUCUGUCAGCCAGCAGUGGACAAGAGCUCACUACCACUCAGGUCCAGGCAGUCCUUCCUGUAGUGGUGCGCCUUGCACAGGUGUUGUAUGCAGUAACCCGGAAAUUGUCACAGUUGGAGAAGAUGGCCGUAUAAAUCUCUUUAGAGCUGAUCACAAGGAUGCUGUGAGAACUAUAGAAAAUGCAGACAGCAGUACGCUCCAUGCUGUAACUUUCCUUCGAACUCCUGAGAUUCUUACAGUAAAUUCCAUUGGACAGCUAAAAAUAUGGGAUUUUAGACAACAAGGAAAUGAGCCCUCUCAGAUAUUAUCACUGACCGGUGACCGAGCACCACUCCACUGUGUGGACAGACACCCCAACCAGCAGCAUGUCGUGGCUACUGGUGGCCAGGAUGGAAUGUUGAGUAUUUGGGAUGUGAGACAAGGUACUAUGCCGGUGUCUCUGCUGAAGGCUCAUGAAGCAGAAAUGUGGGAAGUUCAUUUUCACCCAUCCAACCCAGAUCAUCUGUUUACUUGUUCUGAAGAUGGGUCCCUCUGGCAUUGGGAUGCCUCCACAGACAUACCUGAAAAGUCAUCACUUUUUCAUCCAGGAGGAAGAAGUAGUACUUUUUUGUCUCAUAGCAUUAGUAAUCAGGCUAAUGUUCACCAGUCUAUUAUAAGCUCCUGGCUCAGCACCGAUCCUGCAAAAGACCGUAUUGAAAUCACAAGCUUGCUUCCCAGUAGGACUUUGUCUGUCAACAGUUUGGAUGUUUUAGGUCCUUGUCUUGUGUGUGGAACUGAUGCUGAAGCAAUUUAUGUUACUAGACAAUUAUUUUCAUAAAAAUACUGUAAUUUUAUAAUUUCAGAUAAAAAUGAGCUCUCAAAGUCCAACUUCUAUGCAAAUUUUUGUUGUUGAAAAUUGUGAAAUUUGCAGGAGGGGCGUUAGUAAACUAUUGAUAAUGUCAGUGUCCAGAUUUGGCUUUUAUUAGUUUGUCAUUCCCAUAACAGUUCAGAGUCUUACAGCUCACAAAAGAAUUCAAGGUGUGGGAACAUAUCAGAGGGCUCCUUGUGCUGAUGAAUACACUGCCUUCAAACAGAAAGUUCUGGACAGCUGGUGGAGCCAAGUCUUCAUUUCUGAUUCGUGGAACUUAAUACUGUCAGACCACCAGUGAGUUCCUAUCUCAGCAUUUGGAAGUUUAAACCCGCCCUGCUGGCAUCAGCCAGUGUUAGUUUCUAUUUUUAAUUGCAAGUAUUUUCAUCAAUCUCUCCACAUUUUAUUUCCUUAGUAAUUUUAAUAAACUUUUCAGAACUGAAUAGAACAAAAAUGACAGAUUUUUUUGUAAUGUUCAAAUUCUUUUAAGGGGAAGAUCUUUAUUAGAAUAGGUUUGAACAGAACUAUUCCCAUCACUCAGACCCAGCUUUCUUUUAUUGACAAGAAAAAUACAUUUUUCCUGUGGAUUUUUGCUUUUGCUUAAUUUUGCAACAUUGUGAAAAUUGCCAAACUGGACACUGUGCAAUAAGAUAGAAUUUGACUUUAAUGAUGUAUUAACUUUCAAACUAAUAUUAAGAGGUAACAUGUAUGAAACUGAUACGGUGAUGUAACAGUAGACAUCUGUAUGUCUCUCUGAAAUGUUAAUGACUUUAAAUGUAUUUUAAGACAGUUUAUGACACUGUCUUUCAAAAGUUUGUUAGAUUAAAUGCUUUCUUGAGCUAAGACUUUCAUGGCAA